AUGGUAGCCAUGCUGACCAGCAAAGCUUCCCCACACCAUCACACCUCCUCUUCGAUGCUUUACUAUGGGAACCACAGAUGCAGAUACCAUCCACUCACCUUUUCUGAGUCUCACAAAGACAUGGAGGUUAGAAACAAAGAUCUCAAAUUUGACAAAUCAGACCAAAGCGGUUCAUCAGUGAUUACCAGGGCCUCAACCCCUGAACCCCCAGCUAUCACUGAAGUGGUGAUCUCUGAAUGUGCUACUGCACACACUGUACCAGCCACGGAGCAUCCAAGCGCUGCUGCACGAACCCAAAGCCUUCCAGAAACCAGCAGCUGCACAACAACGGACACACAAAACCCGCUGCCCGUGGACUCACCUCCUCCUUUGACACCUCCUCUUCCCCCUCCACCUCCUCCUGCUGAAGACAACCCUGAGCUCCCACUCCUGUCACCUCCUGUCCUGCCUCCACCUUUACCAUCCAAACCUUUUUGUACCUCCAGUCCUCCUCUUCCUCCAGCCACGCCUCCCGCUGAGAGUCCCCAGCGUCCGACCACGCUUAAUCUAAAAACGCUGCCACGGACCGCCGUCAAAGAGAAUGGUGGCCCUCCACCUGUGGUGGACGAGGAUGAAGAUGAGAAGAAGAUGCUGGAGGAGGAUUUAAAGAAAUGCAUUGAGGACUUUAAAAAGAUACGUUUGCCCAGAGUGUUUCCGGAUCGCAAGAGGCACUGGCAAAGUGACUUACUGAAGAAGUACAAUGCAUAGAGCACUUUGCUGUCGCACCCUGGUGAACAAAUUGACAAGGUUUUUAUAACACUGGUGAGAACAUGUUGUGAGCUGUUUACUUAAACCUCUAAUGUUGUAGCUUUUGCAUGUCAACAGAACUAAAUUAUUGAAUAAAGUGUAGUGUUUUUAGGCAGAUCUAGCAAUCGCACAUGCACAAUUAAAACACUAAGAUUUCUCUUUGACCCAUCAUAGAAAAAACAUCCCCUUAGAGUUUAUUAGUGACUUCUUUUUCCACACAGUUAUUUGGAGACAUCACAAAAUACUUUGAAUCCUUUUCUUUUAAUUAUCUCAAAGAAAAAUAUAUGUAAUGUUGUUAAUUAGAGAUUUCUGCCCUGUUCUCUGUACCGAGUCCACUGAUCAAGCAACUGGAAAAUGUAAGAUAAGUGUGAAUUUUUAGGCGUUUGACCUUGCUG